GACACAACGUUGACUUCCUAGUUCCUUCGAACGUCGAUUUGUUUUUGUUUUUAAUAACAAUCUCACGGAUUUUUAAAUUAUCUUUACGUAAAGCAAACUUGUUUUCUAUUUUUUGUCUAAACUUCAUAUUUAAAUCAUGGAACCAAAAACAGAAUUGCAGAAAAAUGCAAUUGCUGAAGCACGUCGUAAAGAAUUGGAAACAUAUCAACGAGCUUUAGACAUUCAAUGGCUAAACAGUCGAAUGGAAGACGGUAGAAUGGGCCGAUGUCUGGCCCUAAUCCAGCGAGAGGCUGAAAUGGAGAAAGACUUUCAGGAGAGAACAGAUCAUGCUGCAAUAGUAAAUGCAAAAGCCACACGCGAGGCAAACUUAGGUAUAGAGAUAGCAAAGGUUCGGCGGGAGGAAGCAUGUGAGCUACUUCGCCGGCAUUACUUACGUGAUAAAGAUCCGAGUCUCCGAGAGCUUAUGAAGAAGCUGCAAGCUGGAUAUGUGUGUAGAGACUUACAGCAACAGAUUUUGCACAAUGAAUAUAAAAGAUUACAAGAAAAGUCUGAACAAAAUGUGGCAAAUAAGAUUCUUCAAAAUUGUCUCUACAAUGACCAAGAGGCUAAAGAGAAAGAAGAAAAAGAUAAAGCAGAGAAGGAAAGAAAAUACCGUUUAGAAUUGCAACAACAAUUGGUGAACAAACACCUACAAAAGCAGUGUCUCUAUGAAGAAUCUCUUAUUGAAAAGAAGAUGCUAGAGGAUAUCGAACGAACAAUAGCUGAUGAAGAUCAGAGAGAGCUACAACAAAAACGAGAACAAAUGGAGAAAUGUCGUAAUGAAAUGGUAACAUUCAAAAAAGCACGGGAUGCUUGGAAGGAGAAGCAGAAAGUAAUGGUGAUAAAUGAGGAAAGACAGAUUGAGGAGCAAUUGAAGGCUGUUUCUGACAGGAGUUCGGCCAUAGUUGCUGAAAGGGAAAGAAAAGUUCGAGAAAAAGAGGCAAUCAAUGAGAGAAUUACGGCUAAAAUAUUAGCUGAUGAGGCUGAACAGCAAAAAAGAGAAAAUAUCAUCAAAAUGCUCCAAGAACAAGAGCAUUUAGAGAAGAAUGUAGAAGACGAUGCAAGAGAAAGAGACAAAGCAGAAAGAACAAAAAGAGACACUAGGGAAUCCCUCAUGUCUCAAAUGGAGAACAGAAAGAGAUUAUCUAAAGAAGAGAAAGAGAAGGAGCUAGUUAUUAGGAGACAGAAUGAAGCAAAGAUGGCUGCUGACGAGGAAAAAGAGAGAGAGAAAGAACGCAAGAAGAGGGAGAAGAGCGAACAGUAUAGUAGAGAUCUCCGCAAACAGAUAGAAGCAAAUUCCAGAAGGAGACAGAUGGAGAAUGAAGGAGAAGAGAACAGAGCUAAAUAUGUUUGGGAGUGUGAUGCAUCUUGGCGAAAAGAAGUAGCAGAAGAACGCAAGAAGAUAAUCAAAGAACACGUUCCCAGAGUGUUGGGCUUUCUUCAAGCGGGAGUUCUCAAAGACGAAGACGUACCUCACAUACGGGAGGUGACGGAUUUUACUAUAGAUGUUACAUCAAAGAAGCUGCAAAGAAAACCCAAAUGCAACGCUCAGUGUAGAAUUAUUAGAGAAUAUUAAAUUUUGUGACAUUGU